CUACUGUGAUUAUAAUUCAUGUUUAUUUUAAGAAUAUUAAAAAUAAUACUAUUUUAAGCAUCAUGUUCAACCAUGUUUUGAGACGUUAUUCAGUUAACAUAUCGAUACAAAUUAACUAUCAUAGUAAAUUUACCAACAAUAUAAAUAGUGGGCGAUUAAUGAAGUAUGCCCUAUGUUUAAUUUAUUUUUAGUAUCAUGUCUCAUGAUUUCAUUGUACUAUAAUACUAUAUGUAAUUAUUUUAACUAUUACUUGUUUGCCCCUAGCAUUUGCUGGUACUCAGUGAGGUCUAAAGAUCUUUUUCAAGGUGAAAGUGAUAGGUUCAAAGGUAUCACAGUAGAUACUACGAAAGAAAAAUGGGAUAUUUCAUCACUUGAAGCUAAACUUGAUGAAUCACUUGCACAGUGGCGGAGCAAUGGAAACAGAUGUGCAUGGUUUAAAGUGGACAUCAAACAUUCUACAAUAGUACCUGUACUUGCACAAAAAGGUUUUAAUUUUCAUCAUGCCAGAGAUAGUUUUGUGAUGAUGUACAAAUGGUUGCCUACGGACUCGGAACCUAACCUGCCACCAGCCUCGCAUACAAACCUCGGUGUUGGUGCUCUAGUCUUUAAUAGUCGUAACCAAUUGUUGGCCGUAUCUGAACAACAUUAUGAUUACCCGCAUUGGAAGUUACCAGGAGGAUAUGUUGAAAGGGGGGAAGACAUAAUAGAUGCCGCUAUAAGAGAGGUCAAAGAAGAAACUGGAGUAGAUGCAGUGUUCCAGUCUUUAAUCACUUUGAGGCACUCACAUAACAUGAUGUAUGGCAAUUCUGACAUCUAUAUGCUAUUAAUGAUGAAGGCUCUUAUGGACCAAAUUACCAUAUCACAGAGGGAAGUGAGAAGAUGCCAGUGGAUGGACAUUGAGGAAUAUACCAACCAUGAACAUGUGCAUGCUUUCAAUCGAAUGGUUGUGAACAAGGCUCUGGAGUACAAAGAUAAAAAAAUGCAACUGAACCUGAACAAGAAAACUGUAAAAUGGGCAACAAUGGUCAGAAAAAUGGAAUUUUUAGAGGUUAAGGAGUUUGAUUAUGAGUAGGUGUAAUAAAGUACCUUACCGCGAUACAACACAUACCUACUGUGUUAGUGUUCAAUAAAUUAAAGUUGCAUAAUAUAAUUGUAUUAUAUAGGUAAUUGUACAAUAAUAUAAAAAGGGGACAUAGUACAUAAUUAUCAAAUUCAAAAUGGUUGUAAUUAGCUGACUGUACAAGUGUACAUAAUUAUAUGAAUAUACAGAUGUGUUAUUACAAUAAAUAAAAGAUUGCCAACCAG